AUGGAGCUGCCGGCGGAAUUGGUUGUUGGGGGGACGGUCCUAACCUUGUCGCCGGUGAGCCGCUCAACAGACGUCGAGGACAACGGGAAACAUCACUUCAGUAGCUUCUGCUUCGUGGGCGAGCGCCUGCCCACGGGAGACACGCAGUGGUUUUUUUCACCGUUAGCCGGCUACGAGCAAAAGAAGCUGCGCGUGGAGGCGGCGGUGGUGGAGAAGGAGGCGCUUCGCCGCGGCGUGUUCUUGCGCCUGGGAGACUGCACCUUCCGGCAGUACACCGUGAGGUCCGCCUCGCCGCCGAUGCGGGUGAGCGUGGUGGCCAGGCUGCGCGGUGAGGAUGCGCGAGAGUCGUCCAUCAAUUCGCGGAAUUCGUCCUACCUUCUCUCGCCCACCCCCUCGCCGGAGGAGGCGUCGCCGCCCCUCCCCCGCGAGGGGCGCAUCCUUCCGCCCGCGAGGGACCUCAACGUGUGCGGGGAGCUGGGCAACCCGUCGCCGCCCGUCGCUCGGGGCGUGGCAGGCAGCGGGGGCGAGGGAGGCGAGGGGCCGUGGGCGAGCCAAGAAAGCGGCGCGGAGGGGGGCGGUGCCCGUUGCAUGCCAAAUUUACAGUUGCCUAAAAAGCCACCCGUACGACUCAGCACCCACGCCAGCGCCUCCGGCCCCUUUCGUCUGCGUCGGCUGCCGUGA